AUGAACGCGAGGUACCUGGCGGUCGGCUCGUGGAGCACAUUCUCGCAGACACUCGAGCUCCUGAACGAUCAGCUCGAGGUCUUGUUCUGGCCCAUGCCACCAAAAGGCACGAUGUCGAAGCUUGACAGCCACUGCACUCCUGUGGCUUCGGACUCAGAAACGAGGACGCUCGUGUACGAGAUUGAUGGCAUGCAGGGCGUGCACAACAAUCUCGCGAGGCAGGCGAGCGUGGAGUAUUUCACCCGGAACUCUUCACAGGGAGUGACCUUGGUCUCCACGUGCAAUUGGGACCAGGAGGUGCCCUUCGUGGGCUCCGUGAGCCUGCGCUAG